AUGCUCGAGAAGUUCCGAUGAUCCAUCCAUUCCUGACUCUUUCUUCUCACUCUGCUUGUGAUCUUUGUAGAACAGUUGCCUUCAAUUGAGUUGGGUAUGUGAGAAAAUUCAGCUUGCCCAUCGACCACUGUGGCAUCGAACUCCGCCGAGUCUGUCUGUCUGUCUGGCUGUCGAGCAGCUGCUACACAGCUGAGGAGAAAGAACACGAGGACUCAGGUCGAGGUUUGGAUCCAUCACCAUAACCCAGCCUGGACUGGAGUGGAAUGGAGUAACUGGACACUGGUAGGGCCUUCCCUCUAAGUGUUAAAGGUUAGGCCGGUAGCUUCAUGUUCACUCCGAAGCUCUUGAGUGGCCAGAGAGAGGGUGCGCAAUUGCAGAGAGCGAAUGAAUGACAAGUGGAAACUGCGGGGGUUCGAGGGACGGUUGACCGAUCGAGUGAGUGUGUGCACAUCGGAGGGAAUUCGGGAAACCCGAAUAGCUUCAGGAUCCCCGACAGGACGCUCAUCCUCGUAGCUGACGACAGGAAUUCAGCUUUCUCCCUGCGAUGCGAGGUUUAAGAUUUAAGCUUUAGGGUUUAGGCUCAAGGCUCUGGAGAAAAGCAGCAGGUGAAUUUCGCCGCUCGUGUGUGCUGCGCCUAGCUCGGCAGUAGAGGCCAAUUGUAGAGUAGGGAAGGAAGAAGGUGGAUGCAAUUCUAGCCUAGAACAUUCGCUCUGGAAUUCUGUGUUUAGGGUUCGUUUGGCUGACAGCAGAGAGCUGAAAAUUCCUGUUUUCUGGAUUGGAGUUCGUUUGAGAAUCCAGACGCAUUUGCGUCUGAGGGUUUGGGGCAAUUUCUUAGUCCAGCGAGCCAGAGGAGAUGGCUUUACGUCCCCUCUCCUUGUCGAAGGCAUUGGGUAGUAAUGGAGUAGGAUUAGAAACUAUUAAGAAUGUGGGGCUGCAGCGUUCUGGGAUGCAAGCCAGACCUUGUCUUGCUCUUCCAGUCGUCGUCUGUGGCGAUGGAGCACUCUCCGCUUCGUGCAAUGGUCCUUCGGGAUCGUUCUCCGGCGACGAUGCUCGGAGACUUGGCAGGAGACAGGCGCAAGUGGUAGUAGCAGAGGCUGGACGAGGCAAGCGCGAAGCUCCAGCAGCCGACGUCGCGGAUGAUGAACCUUCUCCCUCUCGCGCCAGCAGUCGCCAGAAGGCUUUGGAAGCUGCCAUGGCUGACAUCAAUAGCUCCUUUGGCAAGGGAAGCGUGACCAGGCUCGGCAGUGCGGGUGGCGCCAUCGUCGAAACCUUCCCCAGCGGCUGCCUGACAUUGGAUUUCGCCCUCGGCGGGGGCUUGCCCAAAGGGCGCAUCGUGGAGAUUUACGGACCCGAAAGCAGCGGGAAAACUACAUUGGCGCUGCAUGCCAUCGCUGCAAUUCAGAAAUCCGGGGGAAAUGCGAUGUUGGUGGAUGCAGAGCAUGCCUUCGACCCCGACUAUUCUCGAGCACUGGGAGUGGAUGUCGAGAAUCUCAUCGUCUGCCAACCGGACAACGGCGAAAUGGCUCUGGAAACCGCCGAUCGGAUGUGUAGAUCAGGGGCUGUGGACCUCAUAUGCAUCGAUUCCGUCUCUGCAUUAACUCCUCGAGCCGAAAUCGAAGGAGAAAUUGGAAUGCAACAAAUUGGCCUGCAGGCUCGCCUGAUGAGUCAAGCUCUGAGAAAAAUGUCUGCCAAUGCCUCGAGAGCCGGAUGCACUUUGAUCUUCAUCAACCAAAUCAGAUACAAGGUCGGAGUCAUGUAUGGCAAUCCGGAGAUUACGAGUGGAGGAUUGGCCCUCAAAUUCUUUGCUUCACUGAGGCUAGAGAUUCGUUCUGCUGGCAAGAUAAAAUCGCCGAAAGGAGAGGAUGAUGUAGGCAUUCGAGCUCGAGUGAGGGUACAGAAGAGCAAGGUUUCAAGACCUUACAAACAAGCUGAAUUUGACAUCAUCUUCGGAGAGGGAAUUUGCACUCGAGGUUGCAUACUGGAUUGUGCCGAAUCCGUCGGUGUUAUAUUGAAGAAAGGUUCUUGGUACAGCUUCGGAGACACGAGGUUGGGCCAGGGCAGGGACAGAGUCGUGCAAUUUUUAAGGGAAAAUCCUGAAAUUUGUGACAACAUUGAGAAGCUUGUCCGUUCGAGGACAUCUGAGGAGCUUCAAGCGAAGAAGGAUGCCGUCAACGGGGCAUCGUGGACAUCAGUAGCAGCAGAAUCUGACACAGAAGACGAGGAUUUCGUCACGGAAGACGAGGAUGUAGAAGUUUUGGUCGAUUUUUGAAUUGUCGAGAUAUGUCGUGUAUUAUAUCAUCUAGCCUAUUUUUUCUCCAAAAAUGUACAUUAAGGCUCUAUUUGAGCAGAAAUUUACACAUUGGCACUGAAAUGCAUGUGCAAGUGGCCUUUACAGGCCGCUUAUAAUGAAAAGUGUAAGCGUUGAAGCCACUUCUCUGUCUAUGGCACACCAGAGCCGUUGCUGGUGUUUUGGAAACCCAAGAAGAACUCCUUUCUCUAUUACAAUGGUCUUGAGUGCCAAUCACGCGGGGAUUUAGGAAAGCGCACUUCAGUUGGUGUCUCUGAGCUAGAACUGUAAACUCAACUUGGAAGUAACUUAUAGAUUCAACUUGGUGUCCGUGAACCAGUAUUGUGAACCCAUCUCAGGUUACAACUGCGAUUUCAAUUUGCUUGUGGAACAUUUAAGAGUCAUACUUGAGUACUUACAACUCGUUUUGGAGAUUGAUAAGUACCGAAUCCGUUAUUCUG